UCCCCAUCAGUUGGGGGGUUUCCAAUCGGGAUCUGCAAGUUGACAUCAGCUAGAUGCGACGGUCGCCGACCCUGCACUACAUGUGCCCAAAUAGGGACGGACUGUGUCUAUGGGUCUGAGACCAUCAAUAAGAGCAAGAGCGACUUAAUUCUGGAUGUUGCCAUUCGGUCCGAGAAUCUAUUGCAAGAAUUAUUCACUCAACUGGCUGCCCGCCGCAGUCCAAGCCAAAAUCCCUCUGCGAUAUCGCCUCAUGCAGUCAUUUCACCAAGCGCUGUGAGCAACGCCCAUCGCGGUGAAGGAUGUCCUGAUCAUAUCUCCAAUGCCACGUUAUCCCCCUUUCAUGCAUCAACCACCGAGUCAAUCUUGUCAUGGCCGCAAUUUGCCGGAUUCGGAAACUUGAUCAAAGAGCGUGGCUUUUCCGUUUUCCGCCUUGAAAGUACCCGCGCACCUCUCGCUCAUCGGCAAUGCAUGGUACAGCCAUAUAUGCCUAAGCAGGAAGUAGAGAGUACUGUCCGAAGCUUUGAGCGAGGUAUUAACUUCUGGUAUCCUACUAUGGCCCGAGCCACAACAGAGGAGUUGCAAGCCCAUAUCAUAGCGGGUACAUUUGAAGAGACUACACGGUCAUGUUUGUCCCUGCUGAUGAUGGCUUUGGGAUGUGCUUGCCAACUGGUCCGGUGUUUCGCGCACCGGGAUUCAUCCAAGGCAGGCGAGGCAGAUAGCCAGAGACAGCGGCGGCUAAUGGGGGAGUUGUACUUUGAUAGUGCUUUCAAGAAAAUCUAUUUAGCUCAAGCAGGGUUUACGGCGGAUGCAGUGCAGUGUUUAUUCUUUACCGGGCUGUAUUUUUCAUUUUUGCAGCGACCCCUUCAAGCCUGGUCAUUUAUAAGUGCAGCUGCAACUAAAUGUCGGCUUCUGUUGUCUUAUGAAGUCCCGGGGCAGACACCUGAGCAGCUAGAAUGCCUUCGUCGGAUAUUUUGGUCCUGCUAUAUUCUCGAGAGCGACUUUCUUGCCGAACUUGCCGGCCUUCCUCAAACAGGGAUUGCAGAAAUAGAAUCCUCCAUUCCCCUACCGGGUGAAUACUGUACACAGGAGUCUGAAAACGACCAAGAGCAAUCGUCACUCUAUUUCCUCGCCUGCAUAUCCAUGCGACGACUGCUCAACCGAGUCCACGAUCUUCUCUACGCUCGCGACGCUGGUGUCGGCUUUGACAAUCACCACUUUCCGUCUGUCGUAUCAGAGCUGGCCUACCAGCUGGAUGAGUGGAAAGACCUCUUACCAUUUUCUUUCCAAUUUACUAUCAAUUUGGAUCCUACACGCACAGAGGAAGGCGCAUUUCUUCGCCAGCGGUACCUGACUUGCAAGAGCGUCAUUUAUCGGCCCUAUCUAACCUGGGCCCUGUCCAAUGGCGAUGCCGUGGAAAGAUGCCCUCCGAUUGUUUACGAGGGAUCCAAGCUGUGCCUUGAGGCCUGCUGGAUGCACGCACAAAACCUACGCAGCCUGCCGCACACUAUCAUGGUCGACACCUGGAUUUGCUCCCUUUCGAUGGCGUCGGUCAUACUCAUCACGUUAGCUGCAUCUCGUGUCCGCACCUUGCGAAGACUUAUGUCAUCGAAUGUUCUCGAUAUUGGGCCGCAUCUCAGUGACCUGCUUACUCAAUGGACGCAUAUUCCAGGUGGGGGAACCUCACCCAGUGUCAUGGAAAGUAUUGGGUUGAUUGCGAAUGUGUCCACUUUGUUGAAGAUUACCUGGAAUGAGCGGGCACUCGGCGAAUAG